AUGAAUUCCAAUCAAUAUGUUAUUGGAGUUGCUAUAAAUUUUUUGAAAAUAGAUUAAUUGAAAUUAAUUUUAUUUGAUUUUAAUAUAAAAUUCUAUCUACAUUUUAUAAAUUAUGAAAAAGUAAUCAAAGCAAAGGAAGGGGAAUGGCUCUUAGUCCAAAUUGAGCAGACAGAAAAGGAUAUAUAGAAAACCAAUAUUUAAGAUUGCAGAAUAAGACAAUGCAUUCAUAAAACUGUGAUUAGUAUAGAAAUCUUGAAUUGGAUAUGUUUAAGAAUGUUUCUAGCAUAAUCAAGAAAUAUUAUAUGAAUUAAGUAACAGGUAAAUUAGGAAGAAUGGAUUUGUUUUAUUUAUUGUAUUAAUUAAUAUAUCAUUAGAAAUUAUGAUGAUUGCCUCAUUAAUUUAAGUAAUAAAGAGAUUGAUUAUUUUUUUGUAACUAGGGAUUAAGAUUUCUAAAGUGCAUAUAAUUUGAAAAGAUUGAGUUUGUUUAUAUUAUAGACUUAAUUGCAUUCUUAUUAUUGUGAAUUGCAAGUGGCUUUCUGUUCUAAAUAUACUUGA